AAAGUCUGAGCAUCAGCAAACAUGGGAGACUGGGGAUUUCUCUCGGCGUUAUUAGACAAAGUGCAAUCUCACUCCACUGUCAUUGGCAAAAUAUGGAUGAGCGUCCUUUUCAUCUUCAGAAUCCUGGUGCUGGGAGCGGCAGCGGAGAGCGUUUGGGGUGACGAACAAUCUAGUUUGGUUUGCAACACGUUGCAACCCGGUUGCGAGAACGUGUGCUAUGACUGGCAGUUCCCCAUCUCGCACAUCCGCUUCUGGGUCUUGCAGAUUAUAUUCGUGUCCACUCCAACUUUGGUGUACCUCGGCCAUGCGGUGCAGGUCAUUCACCAAGAGAACAAACUCAGGGAGAAGAUUAAAAGACUUGGCGAUGGUCACAAGUUGAAGUCACCCAAAUACACAGAUGACACUGGCCACGUCAAAAUUAAAGGAAACCUGCUCGGCAGCUAUCUGACCCAGUUGUUUUUUAAAAUCAUCUUCGAGAUUGCAUUCAUUGUUGGACAGUAUUAUUUAUAUGGCUUUAUUAUGAUCGCCAAGUUUACAUGUUCCCAAUCUCCUUGUCCUUACACCGUGGAAUGUUUCAUGUCCCGUCCCACAGAGAAGACCAUCUUCAUCAUCUUUAUGCUAGUGGUAGCCUGUGUGUCUCUGCUACUGAAUGUCAUAGAGGUGUUUUACCUGCUGUGCACCAGGGUGGGAUGCCGGACCAACAAGAAACGGACACAUAUCACUUCGGCUAGAAACCCCGCCAGUUUGCCAUCUUCCUGGGAGAUGACCUCGGAAAAUGCUCUGAAGCAAAACAAAAUGAACAAGCAGUAUGAGAGCGGUCAGAGUCUUGGAGGAAGCCUGGAUGGGGCCAAAGAAGAAAAACAAUUGAUGGAAGAUCAUUAGAUUUGGACUUUUGUAUCUCAGAAAUUUAACAAAUCUGCCAAGUUUUAAGAGAAACAUCUAUAUAGUUUGUUUUUUUCAAAGCCCUUAGCUAAUUGUCCAGUAUUUUACACGCUUGAGAAAGUAUUAUGAAACUCUUCAAACGGAUUGUGUUAUUUAAUUAUUUUAUGAUCAUUUUGUGUGCAUAAUACAUGUUUGGCUUGGAUAGUUUUGAUAUACUAAGGUAAAAAAAUGCUUAUUGUUAUAUGAUUGUAUAUAUUGUGUGUAAAUAUACCAAAGAGUCAGUAGGUGACUUGAGCACUGGUGUCCACAUGUCUAGUUUGUCUGAUGUUGUCAUUUCCAUUAGCUACAUUUUCCGUUACAAACAGACAAAUUUAUAGUGAUAUAUGUAUUCUGAAUGUAAACUGAUGUCAGUGAUGUUCAGAGAGCAGAAUGACAAUAUACUUAUUUGAAAUAAAACUUUUAAAACAACAAAA